UUAAUAUCCAAUCAAUUACCUGCUUUAAUGGAAAGGCGUGGUGAGUGAGGUCCAGUUUGAAUGCACGUGGACGGUGCCAAUGUGGUUCUAAUGUUGAUUAACAGACUGAAAUAUUGAAUUCCAACUAUUUUACUUGUUUUUUUUUUCUUAAAAUCGUUAAAUAAAGAAUCAUAUUGUCUGGUAGUAUGUCUUCCUUCUUCAUCAAGAAGAAAGUUAACGCGAAGCCUACUAAAAAAGCGGGCAGUACUAGAGUUAUUAAAAGGAAGGCUGACGGUGAUGGUGUGAGUAAAGGGCGCGCCAAAAAAGUAAAUUCUGGAGCUAAUGAAGAAAUUUCCAGCGAGUCAGAGACAGAAGGUCCUACAGUCAGUAGGAAAAGAAAGGAGAAUGAGGAAGAAGAGAUUGAAGAAACUCCACAAGAGAAGAAGCUUCGAUUAGCCAAACUGUACCUUGAGCAGUUGAGGGAGGAAGAAGAAAAAAAGGCUGAAGAGGAUUCAUUUGAGAAGGAUUUAAUUGCGGGAAGACUUCAGGAGGAAGUACUUGAACAAAGAGGAAAACUUCAGCGUUUUAUUGCAAAAGAUCUCCAGGCUCCGGAUGUUGCCGAUCUCCGUCUGUUGAGAGGGCACCAGCUUCCAGUCACCUGCCUAGUUAUUUCCCCUGACGACAAGCACAUUUUCUCUGCUGCCAAAGAUUGCUCCAUUAUUAAGUGGGAUGUGGAGAGCGGGAAGAAGCUUCACACCAUUCCAGGAGGGAGGAAAGGAACAGAAGACAGACAUGUUGGACAUACUGCGCAUAUCCUGUCCAUGGCAAUAUCAUCUGAUGGGAAAUACCUGGCCACUGGUGAUUGGAAUAAGUUAAUCAUGAUCUGGGAAGCGGCCACAUGUAAACAUCUUUACAAGUUCACAGGACAUAAAGACGCUGUGUCGGGCUUAUCCUUUAGAAAAGGUACGCAUGACCUGUACAGUGCCUCUCAUGACCGCUCUGUGAAGGUGUGGAAUGUCAGUGAGAACGCCUACGUGGAAACACUUUUCGGCCACCAGGAUGUUAUCACAGGCCUGGACAGUCUGAGUCGAGAGCGUUGUGUGACUGCAGGUGGCCGGGAUGGGACUAUCAGGGUCUGGAAGAUUGCAGAGGAGUCACAGCUUGUAUUUCAUGGGCAUGAAGGUUCUAUUGACUGUGUUCAACUGGUUAAUGAGGAGCAUAUGAUAACAGGAGCUGAUGAUGGGUCUGUUGCUUUGUGGAGCGUUGGCAGGAAGAAGCCUUUAGCCACAGUAAAGCAGGCCCAUGGUUGUCAUGGAGACAAAGCCCUAGAGCAGCCCUAUUGGAUCUCCUCUGUGGCAGCUCUUCAGAAUAGUGACACUGUAGCCUCAGGUUCUCACAAUUCCAAGGUACAAAUCUGGAAAAGUGGAGAAGGAUUCCGUAGUUUGCAGCCUCUCUUCAGCAUUCCUGUUGUUGGUUUUGUGAACAGUUUGAAAUUUUCAAGUUCAGGUGAUUUCCUUGUUGCUGGAGUUGGACAAGAGCACAGGCUAGGCCGGUGGUGGAGAAUCAAAGAAGCAAAGAAUGGAAUUUAUAUAAUUCCACUAAAGAAAAAGAGUUCUGAACAAGACCCCACAAGAGACCAAUAAGUGACCCAGAUAAAGACCUGUAUGUGCAAUAAAGGACUUCACUCUCCACACAACCCUGGUUAUACAACUCAACAUGUUAUACAAUGCAGAAUUAAAUUGGAAUAUUGGUCUUUUUGUAUCUCCCAUUGAUUAAAUGUUUUAUUUAAAUCAAA